CGACGAACAACCAUAACAUUCAAUUGCCGUUUCCGAUACCUAGCUACGAUCUGAGUGACACCGAUUCUGAAGAUGAAGACAUCUUCGAUCGUCAGACGGUGGUAAUCGACAUUAAUGAUCGAAACGAAGAUUUGGAGCUUGAAAUCCCCAAUGGAUUUUUUACUGAAGAGCGGGAAGAGUGAUGUAAUAUGUACAAAGCGAAUAAUAGUACAUUGCAAAUAAACGUAAUGAAAAACUUAUUUUAUACACAUUUCAUGUCCAGCUCCUAUUUUAGAAUGUGAACUUUUUUUUCGAUUUCAUAUUUCAUGCCAACUUUUUCAAGGUCACUUUUUUUUGGAGUGUCACGUUUCAUUUUCAAGGUCAGCUCGGUUUUUGGCUCAAAUUUCAUUUGGUGUCAAAUUACAUUUUGAAGGUUAACUUUUUUUCGGGCUCAUAUUUCAUUCCCAACGGAAAUGGAAAUGAUUACCUAGAUCUAAGUCACACAAUGCUCUACGUUACGGCGAAAAUUGUAAAACAAGAUGACACGCACUUGGGUGCUGACGAUGUGGUAGCUCCUGUUAACAAUUGGCUGCAUACAUUGUAUAGUCAAGUGGAAGUAUGCUUGAAUCAGAAAUUAGUGUCACCACCAAGCAAUACUUAUGCGUAUCGUGCAUACAUUGAAACUCUGUUAAAUUAUGGCUCUGAAGCUAAAACAACUCAUCUGGGGUGUUCCUUAUGGCAUAACGAUACUCCAAAGCAAAUGGAUACAUUAACAGCUGAUAACAAAGGUUUCGCUAUUCGUCAAAAUACCACAAAGCUCGGUAAAAUGGUGGAAAUGGUUGGUCAUGUGCACGCGGACUUAUUUAAUCAAGAAAAGUUUCUCAUGAAUGGAGUUGAAAUGAAAGUAAAAUUUGUUCGAACAAGAGACACCUUUAGUUUAAUGGCUGCUACUGGUUCAACAUACAAAGUGAAAAUUGUGGAUGCCAGUUUACUGGUUAGAAGAAUGAAGAUUAAUCCUGUAGUUCUUCUUGCGCACACAAAAGCAUUAGAAACCACUGCAGCCAAAUAUCCUAUUACUAGAUCGGAUGUGAAGGUGCUAACGAUUCCCGCAGGUGUGCAACGCAAAUCAUUGGAUAAUGUCUUCCUUGGACAACUACCAAAACGCUGCAUAAUUGGUUUUGUGUCGAAUAGAGCGUUUAACGGAGAAUACGCUUCCAAUCCCUUCAACUUUCAUCAUUACAAGAUUAAUUAUAUGUCUCUGUACAUUGAUGGGCAGCAAAUUCCAUCAAAACCGUUACAACCAGAUUUCACUCAAGAAGGAUUAUACGUAAGGGCCUACCACACUUUAUUUUCUGGAACUGGAAUACAUUUUUUGAACGAAGGAAAUAACGUAUCACGUUUAGACUAUCCGCACGGAUACUGCCUAAUGACUUUCGAUUUAACGCCGGAUUUAUCCGCAAACGCCACAACUCAUUGGAACUUGGUAAAGAACGGUUCUCUUCGUAUCGAAGUUGGUUUCCAAGACGCUCUGACUGAGACGGUGAAUUGUCUCGUGUACGCAGAAUUUGACAACGUUAUUGAAAUUGAUAAACAUCGAAAUGUCAUCGCAGACUUUAACAUUUAAAAAAGUUUCUUUUGACGAGUCCCGGAAUACAGUGCGUCACAUAAUUGCAUGGCCACAUGCUCAUCAUCAAGCUAGAAAAGGACCUUGGAUGCAGUACGCAAGAGAUGCCGCACGUUUCCAAAGACGCAUUCAUCAACUUGAUUACAUCAUUUCCCCUGUGUUGGAAAAAAAGCUACUGCGCAGCGCAUGACAGAAGGGAUAAAAUUAUAAUACUUUAUUACGGAUCCUCAGUUUAUUAGAAAAUGUUUCAUGUGAUGGAUGCCUACGUUGAUUUUCAAGGAUUCCGCGGAAGCUUAAAGGAAUUCAUUCCGAAAGAAAUAUCUAUCGUUUCGUCGGAGGGGCCCAGUUGCACAACUUUACUUAUGAAGCCGCCCGCCAAUUAUACUGUAACCUCAUCGAUGAAAAAAGAAAUCAAAUUCUUAGAAGACUGUUAUCAUGGCUUGAAAUGGAAUUCCGGGUACAUUAGAUACGAGGACCUUGAAGAAGAACUACGUACGUUACUUCAGCCCUUCAAUAGAAUAUACGUAAAAGGAGUGGAGAAGCAAUACCUACUGAAUUUCCUUGACAAGUUUGUAAUUAAUUUAGAAGACGUGGGAUGCCCUUCGCUAAAGAAGUUAAAGAAAAGUCAUAGCGGUGUAAGGUGCCUCAAUCAUGCGGAGAACACGCUUAUGUGCGCUCAAGAAAAUGCCUUAAUAUUACACGAGUGGGCACAAAUUGAUUCAACAAAUGAAUACCCUAGAACUUCAACGAGCGUUGAAUCUGAUUCAGAAGAAGGCUGCGCGUGCUGUUUUCGCAUCAGAUGAACUUAUACGAGCAAGUGUACGUCGGCCAUUUGCUGCAAUUGUCAAUACAGAUGUUUCAACACGCACAGGGCAACACUGGAACGGAAUUUACAUAGAUGAAGAUGGAAAUGGAGAAUAUUUCGAUUCAUUCGGACGACCACCUACCGGAUUACAUUUAAAAUUUUUGAAAAAACACGCCCGGAAAUUCACCUUUAAUUCGCGCGUGUUGCAGCAUCCUUUAUCAACUUAUUGUGGACAAUAUUGUUUAAUGUAUUUAGUUUUUAAGUUUAAUAAUUUAUCACUUAAGGAAUUUGUAGAUAUGUUUAAUAAUGAUUUAGAAUGUAACGAUGAUAUAAUUGAUUUAUUGUAUAAUAUGACUUUUUAUAAGGUGAAUCUAAUUGAUUAAUAAAAGUCUAAAUGUA